UCUUCACAGCUUUCUCUCUCCACCGCUGAAAAAAGUAACGAUGAAGCAUUUGAUUCGCAGGCUUGCUCGAGUCGCCGACUCAUCUCAGUAUACACUCCUCAGAUCCGAUUCGCAGAGCCGUCGUUCUCGCCGAGUGCUCACCGCGGCAGGGAGGAGCCGGCGGAAUCGCUCGAGGACGGCGGCUGCGGCGUUGGAAGGGCACGUGCCGAUCUACGUAGGCGACGAGAUGAGGAGAUUCGAGGUGAACGCGGAGCUGCUGAACCACCCGAUCUUCGUUAAGCUUCUGAACAAAUCAGCUCAGGAGUACGGGUACGAGCAGAAAGGCGUGCUCCGAAUCCCCUGCCAUGUCUUCGUCUUCGAACGUGUCCUCGAAGCUCUUCGUCUGGGACUCGACGACGCGCGUGACAUCCACGAUCUGCUUUCUUCCUCGUCUGAAGAGUUUUGCUAGGAACGGAUGAAGAAGGAAAAGUAAGUUGCAGAAAAUUAGGAGGGUG